CAUCCCCAAAAGGAUACUGGAGAUCUGGAGAAGGUUCCAAUAGGACAAUAAGCAUGAUUAAAGGCUUGGCCAUGGCAAGGAACUAGAUGGGCUCUGACUUCAGCCUGGGUUUUGCUGCUGCCUUGCAAACUGCUUUUGGGAUCAGUUGAGAUGGAAGCCCUGGAAGGAAGGGGGAGGCUGCUUCAGCACCAGCACCGGAGGAAGGCACCCAUCAGUGUGGAAAUGUCUUCAGCUGGGCUGGCAGGAGAAGGUUUGUGGUGAGGUGACAGCUGUUGAGCAAUGGCCUUCAACAAGGUUUGGUGUGCCCUAGCCCUUGGAUUUCUGCUGCCUUUUUCCUGUGCCCACACGGACUUCUUCACUUCCAUUGGUCACAUGACAGACUUAAUUAACACAGAAAAAGAUCUGGUGGUGUCACUGAAGGAUUACAUCAAGGCAGAGGAAAGCAAGCUGGAGCAGAUCAAAAAGUGGGCAGAGAAAUUGGAUCAGCUGACAACCACUGCCACAAAAGACCCAGAGGGGUUUUUGGGACAUCCUGUAAAUGCCUUCAAGUUGAUGAAAAGGCUCAACACAGAGUGGGGUGAGCUGGAGAGCCUGGUGCUGAAGGACAUGUCAGAUGGCUUUAUCUCCAACAUGACUAUCCAGCGGCAGUUCUUCCCCAAUGAUGAGGAUCAGACUGGGGCAGCCAAAGCCCUUCUGAGGCUCCAGGACACGUAUAAUCUGGACACAGACACCCUCUCCAGAGGGAAUCUGCCAGGUGUGAAGCACAAAUCCUUCCUGACAGCUGAGGACUGCUUUGAGCUGGGGAAGAUUGCCUACACGGAAGCUGACUACUACCACACGGAGCUCUGGAUGGAGCAAGCUCUGAAGCAGCUGGAUGAGGGAGAAGUGUCCUCUGCAGACAAAGUCUACAUCCUGGACUACCUGAGCUAUGCUGUGUAUCAGCAGGGGGACCUGGGCAAGGCCAUGGCACUCACCAAACGCCUCCUGGAGCUGGAUCCCGAACAUCAAAGAGCCAACGGGAACAUGAAAUAUUUUGAAUAUAUCAUGGCCAAAGAGAAAGAAGGAAAUAAGUCCAGCACGGAUUCAGAAGAGCAGGAGAAGGAAACUGAGGUUAAGAAAAAGGAUUACCUGCCUGAGAGAAGGAAGUACGAAAUGCUGUGCCGUGGGGAGGGGCUCAAAAUGACUCCUCGGAGACAGAAGAGACUCUUCUGCCGCUACUACGACGGGAACAGGAACCCCAGGUACAUCCUGGGCCCCGUCAAGCAGGAGGAUGAGUGGGACAAGCCCCGGAUCGUUCGCUUCCUGGACAUCAUCUCCGACGAGGAGAUCGAGACCGUGAAGGAACUGGCCAAGCCGAGGCUGAGCCGGGCUACUGUGCAUGACCCCGAGACUGGCAAACUGACCACAGCACAUUACAGAGUCUCGAAGAGUGCGUGGCUGUCGGGGUACGAGAGCCCCGUGGUGUCCCGGAUCAACACGAGGAUACAGGACCUCACCGGGCUGGACGUGUCCACAGCAGAGGAGCUGCAGGUAGCCAACUACGGAGUAGGGGGCCAGUAUGAGCCUCACUUUGAUUUUGGAAGGAAAGAUGAGCCAGAUGCUUUUAAGGAAUUGGGAACAGGCAACAGAAUUGCUACUUGGUUGUUUUAUAUGAGUGACGUGUCAGCAGGGGGAGCCACGGUCUUUCCUGAAGUCGGAGCCAGCGUCUGGCCCAGAAAGGGGACAGCUGUGUUCUGGUACAAUCUGUUCCCGAGCGGAGAAGGCGAUUACAGCACCCGGCACGCGGCCUGCCCGGUACUAGUGGGGAAUAAAUGGGUAUCCAACAAAUGGCUCCACGAGCGGGGGCAGGAAUUCCGAAGGCCGUGCACGUUAUCGGAGCUGGAAUGAUGCAGAGCCCUCAGUCCCUGGAAAAUGCACAUCUCCAACAGUUUACAACUGACUAACACUCCACUCCAGGUUCAGUCCCCCCCAGCUGUGGACAGGACAAACAUGCUUUUAGUUCCCUCCCAGUACCCUCCCGAGGUUUUAUGAACAGAAAAUAUUGAGGUUUACGAGUGUUACCGGGAAAAAAAAAAGGACAAAAUACAGAUGAGGGCCACAACUAA